AUGGGAGGAGGAUACGUGCCACCGCACCUGCGCGCCUCAGACGCGGCAGAAUCAACGUCUUCUUUAAGUGGUGGUGGUAAUGGUGCCUUUAACAACGACGACAGCGGCGGCUUAGGCCCUUCCGCCGGGGAAAGGUCGAAUCAUCAACAACAUCGUUCGAGAACAACAACGGCGGCUGAGGAUAAUACCACGACGAACAAAAUAAAGACGAAGACAAAAUGGCAACCGUCGGAACGCGUUCUAAACCUAACCAAAUCACAAAUCGAGGACAUGAGAGAACGGCUAAACGUUCUCGCGGAAAGCCCGGAAGAAGACACGAACGAGUACGCCCCGAUCGAGAGCUUCGAGGACAUGAAAUUGGACAGAGAGAUUGCCUUGUCGAUUAAAGCGCACGGGUUCGAUAAGCCGACGCCGAUACAGGCGCAAGGGAUACCGGUGAUAUUAUCCGGGAGCGAUGUCCUGGGGUGCGCGGAGACUGGGAGCGGGAAAACAGCCGCGUUUGCGAUACCGAUGAUUCAUUACUGCGUGUCGAUUUCGGACGCGUACGGCGCGACGAGAAGAGGAGACGGACCGACGGCGAUUGUUUUAGCGCCGACGAGAGAGUUGGCGCAACAAAUCGAGAAAGAGACGAAAGCGUUUUCGCAAGCGAUCGAUAAGAGACGCUUUAAGACGACUAUCGUCGUUGGUGGGUCGAGCAUGAACGAACAGAGAGGCGAUUUGAGAAACGGCGUCGAGUGCGUGGUCGCCACGCCGGGGAGGUUGAUCGAUCACAUACACCAAAAUAACACCAAUUUACGACGCGCGUCGUUUCUAGUCUUGGACGAAGCCGAUCGGAUGUUAGAUAUGGGUUUUGAACAACAAAUUUUAGAGAUUUUAAACGCGACUCCGAAACCGAGGCAAACGUUGUUGUUUAGCGCGACGAUGCCGCCGGAAGUUGAAGUUUUAGCCGGAGAGUAUUUAGUGAAACCAGUAAAAGUGAAAGUAGGCACAGUCUCGGCGCCAACCUCGAACGUGGCGCAGAGUUUAGAAAAAGUACCGAACGAUGUCGCAAAAAUCGAUCGAUUGUGUCGUAUGCUCGUGGAGGAGAAGAUGGAAUCGGUCGCGCACGGCAACGCGCCGCCGAUGUCCAUCGUGUUUGUCGAACGUAAAGCGAAAGCGGAAGACGUGGCGGAUAUGUUGAACGCGGAAGGUGUGGCUACGGCGUCUUUACACGGCGGGAGAACGCAAGGCGAACGCGAAGCAGCUUUGAAGGAUUUUACCAGAGGCUUGUGUUCCGUCUUGGUCGCUACGGACGUCGCGGCGAGAGGAUUGGACGUCAAAGGCGUCCAACACGUCGUGAACAUGGACUUGCCGAGGAACUUUGAAGAUUACGUCCACAGAAUCGGUCGUACCGGACGAAACGGCAUGACUGGUAGAGCCACGUCCUUUUACACAGACUCGGACGCUUUCAUCGUCUCGCAAAUCAAACGCGCUUUACAAGAGCUCGAAAGCGGCAACGCGUUUGCUUUCGCCACCGGUAAAGAAGCCAGAGCGAAAGAAAAAGAAGCGCAAAGAGCGUGGAGGGAAGAGCGAAGCGCCGACCAAUCGAAAACAGAAACCGACUCGGGCGGUAUCAUCUCCGUCGACGACAAGUUCAAAUCCAUGCUCGUGACGAGUGCCAACGCCGCGACCGGAAAUCAAUCCGGCGCCGCCGACGACGCCUGGGGAAGCGACGAAGACGACUUUUAA